GAGAGAGAGAGAGAGAGAGAGAGAGAGAGAGAGAGAGAGAGAGAGAGAGAUGUAGAUGAAUGGCUCUUCAAGGGGCCGUCAACCAAUGAACACUGAAAGAACCAUUUACAAUUUACAUGAUUAAUUGAUUCUUUGCACUGUGAGUUGGUUCUUCACUGAUGGAGAAUAUACUGUAUAGCACCAAAAGGGUUCUGUUAUUGUCAUGAGCUUGACGUCAUAGCAACAGCAAAGCCCUUUUGGGUGUAUACACACUCCUUUUCAACAAAGAAUAAUAUACAUUUUCCCCAUGAAAAAAACACUGUUUCAACACACACACAGACACACACACUCAUGUUUAUAUAUUUAAGCUGAAUGUACGUGAGGACUGCACAGAUUUGGCUCAGUGUCCCAGGUGUUCAGCACAGUUCAACUUCAAGAAGAGAUCUUCAUUUUUAGAAAAAAGGCCCUUACAUGUCCAGCUGGGACAGCCCACCCACGCUACUGGCACAAACUGUACCCAAGGCUUCUCAUGAUUUCAUAGACAUGGACAGCCUCUUUCCCUCGCGCUCCGUAAUGACCGGCGCGCUGAACUCGAAGGAACAAAUGACCAAAUAAGGGCUGUGCUCUUCACCGCUCGGGGGUGGUGCUGAAAGAACAGCUCCCCGCGCGCGGGCCCUCGUGACCGCGUCUGCGCGGGGACCCUCCGUCCGAGACUUCCGAGGGGUCAGUUAGACUCUGCCGAGACAUGAAGCUUCCAAGUUGUCCGCUACACGCGCAGGCUUUCCACGCGGAGGGGCGUUUUUAGGCGGCUUGAGGAAAAUGAAGAGACAGAACGUGCGGACGCUCGCCUUAAUCAUUUGCACCCUGUCCUAUUUACUAAUUGGAGCGGGAGUGUUUGACGCGUUGGAGUCCAAGCAGGAAAAAAUCCAGAGGAAAAAGCUGGAUUACCGGAAAUUUCAGUUGAGGAUUAAAUACAACCUGAGCAAAUCCGAUUUCGACCAAAUUGAAGCGGUGGUUUUGCUCCUAAAGCCGCACAAAGCCGGAGUGCAGUGGAAGUUCGCCGGGUCUUUUUACUUCGCCAUCACUGUGAUCACAACAAUAGGUUAUGGCCAUGCUGCUCCCAGCACAGAUGCAGGGAAAGCGUUCUGCAUGGGCUACGCUCUACUGGGCAUCCCGCUCACCCUGGUGAUGUUCCAGAGCCUGGGCGAACGCAUCAACACCUUUGUCCGCUUCCUGCUCCACAAAGCCAAGAAAUGUGCUGGCCUGCGGCGGCCGGAAGUCUCCAUGGCCAACAUGGUGACCAUCGGCUUCUUCUCCUGCUUAGGCACUCUUUGUGUAGGGGCAGCAGCCUUCUCCCGCUAUGAAGGCUGGACCUACUUCCAUGCCUUCUACUACUGCUUCAUCACUCUCACCACCAUCGGCUUUGGUGACUACGUGGCCCUGCAAAAACACAACGCCCUCCAUAAUGACCCCCGUUAUGUGGCCUUCUGCUUUGUCUACAUCUUAAUGGGCCUGACGGUGAUUGGAGCCUUCCUCAAUCUGGUGGUGCUGCGCUUUAUGACCAUGAAUGCUGAGGAUGAGAGGCGGGAUGCCGAGCAGCGGGCCCUGUUGUCCGGAGACAAACAGAAAGCUCCACCUCCUCGUCGGGCCAAGAUCCAGAACCCACCGGUCACUGAACAGGACACCAGGAGGCGGGGUCUAAAGAGCGUCUAUGCUGAGGUGCUCCACUUCCAGACCAUCUGCUCCUGCCUGUGGUACAAGAGCCGGGAGAAGAUGGUGAUGCUCCCGCAGGACAUGUCCUUCAGCGAUGCUCUGAUGGAGCAGGGAGAAGUCUCUCCCAUGCACUUCUUUGAGCCUGGCUCCACAGGCUGUGUGUGCAGCUCCCAGCGCUGCUCAGCCGUCAGCACUGUGUCCACCGAGCUGAGAAGCAUCUCUCCUUUUAAACUGCUCUCCAAGAGACGCAGCUCCGUCUAGAUGUCUAGCUCAGGUGUUGAUAGGUAGAAGCUGACUGAGUUACUGUAUGUUUCUCCUAUAUGUGCAUGCAUUCUUGUAGCAAAGCUUAAAGGUAUAGUUUGGUGAAAAAGCAAAUGUACACAAUUUAUACUGACCGAAAAUAUUGUUAAUCAGACAUGUCUAUUGUCCAAAGUUUGCUUCUUUAGUUUUGGACUGGAGCUACAAGACUAAUGUACAUACAUAGCUAACAAGUAAUGAAAGCUUUUGUUUUACUGAAGCUCAUCUCAAAAUUUCCCACCUUUGACUAGGAAUUCCUAUUUGGAACUUCUACUCUACAAAGCAAAGCAUAUGACGUCAAACCAACAUGGCUCGUUACACCAUCAACAGAAAUAAACUUCUCUACUUUUAAAUACUUGCUUUAGCACAGUCAACACACAAACACAGUAGUUGGUUAAGCUACAACAUUCACCAUAAUGCUGUCUGUUUUGAGAAGGUUAUCACUUAUAUCACUAACAUUAGCUGGCUAGCUUUUUAGUAACAAGACUCACUUUUAAGGUUCAUCCAUUAUUUUCCCACUUUGUAGCAUUCCUGUGUGAAGGUUGAUAAUAAUGCUUAUACUUAUACUUAUACUUAUACUUAUACUUCCGACCUCCAAGCCAAGUCACAUGCAGCAUUAUACCCUAACAAUUAGCCUCAUGCAAAUUACAGGCCUAAAUCAUCACAUGCUUGUCUCAAGCUGCAUAGAUGUGCUUAUGUGGUCUGACAUACUCCUAUGUAUAUAAAUAGACUAUGGUAUAUUACAUAACUAAAAAACUGCAUGAAUCAGCAUAGCUGGUCAGUAGCAAAACCAACACACUGUCACUGUGGGACACAAUCUUAUAUCUAGAAAAAAAGUCUUUAUAGGAGAAGGAAAAAACCUUUUUUAACUUUGAAUGGAAGGUAAUAGAACAUGAUUUUUUUUUGCAUCAUCUCUAUUUGUCUUUUUCAUCAAUUUUAACACGAUGUGAAGAGCAGCUGGUAUUUUUGUAUGACGUGCUGGUCAGCAGCAAUGGAGACUGUAAUGCUGAUCACCACCAAAACCAGUAUAUGUUGAGUUUUGUAGCUGGUAUGCUGCUCAAGCAGUGUGACCAUUCUAGAUGACCAGCACAAACUGGAAUAAACCAGCUUAGACUAUUUUCUCAGAAGGAUGUUUAAUCCAUUUUUAGAGAUAACAGUAUAUCAUAAAAUGUCAAGGAAGUCUAUUUGAAUUUAUCAAUGCGGUUUGAGGCAAGUGUGUGAUGAACUCAACAUGCAGUUUGUGUAGUGCUAAUUGCUAUAUACAUUUAUUACUCGUUAGCUACAUAAACCUUGUGGCGUUUGGGUAAAACUAGAGCAGCAAGUGCCUUGCCAAAUCACCUACAUUUUAUAAACCAAUAUGUACAUUAUUUCAUCAAACUAUUCCUUUAUGUACAAAGAGGUAGGCUGGAGUAGUUUAGGAAUUGUUGUGUCUCAUGGACACAGUACUGCUUAUGUGUGAAGAUUGGAUGCACACAAAAUGUAAUAAUGGACUUCUUACUACUUGAGAGUUAGGCAAUACUCCUUGACAUGGUGCAAUACACUGUGCAAAAGCAUCAUUUUAUCAGUGCUUUAUAACAAUGACAAUAAUAACAUACUUCAUUUUUCUCCAUGAUAAUUUGCAAAUCUGUGCUUUUCAUGUAUUACACAGUUCUAGCAUUUUAAAUUGAUUUAAAAUAUCUGUGAAUUAUAUUAUGUAAAAUUGUCUUCACACAUUGAUUUCUUUCUGCUGCUUCACGUAAUGUGUUGUUUUAUGUCUGUAUGGAGCCAUUCCAUCUCCGUUUUCUUUUGUGACCAGUUUCUCCUAAAACUUAUAUGAUUAUAUUUUGUUUUAAAAGUUUAAUUUGUAUGAUUUCAGGUAAAUAAAGAACACCUUCAAUGUACUGUAUAUUUA